AUGAACGUGGACAACGUGGCUGCUGGAGUAGGUUCUUGGGCCCCACCUCGGCCGCCUGUAGCGGAUGUGAUUGCACUGAGCGACGACAGUGACAGUGACGGUGACGCUAGGCCGCGGAGGCUGCGGAGGAGCGGCAGAGGCGCGCGGGGGAGAAGAAGGGGCUGUGCAGCUAGCAAGGCCUUUGCUGCUGCGUGCAGCAGUGCUGCUCUUAUCGUGCUGGAUGAUGAUGAUGAGGACGAUGAGGAGAGGGAGAGGGAAAGGGAGAGGGAGAGGGAGAGGGAGAGGGAGAGGGAGAAGGAGAGGGUGAGGGAGAGGGAGAGGGAGAGGGAGAAGGAGAGGGAGAAGGAGAAGGAGAGGGAGAGGGAGAAGGAGAGGGAGAAGGAGAAGGAGAGGGAGAGGGAGAGGGAAAAGGAGAAGGAGAAGGAGAAGGAGAGGGAGAAGGAGGAGAAGGAGGAGAAGGAGAAGAAGGAGAAGGAAAACCAGGAGAAGAUUGGGAAGGAGAAGGCAGAAAAAAGAGCAGCUGAUGCGGUCACAGGUGGUGCAAAGGUGGGCGUUGUAAAGGAGAGCAGUACUGAAGUGGUUGACCUUCCUAGCAAGCCUUCCAGGCCUGUGGGUGCCACUGGUAAUAACGCCACUGAGGAGAUGGAGAGAAUCGAGGGUGGUGGUAACCCUAUCAACCCCGGCCUGCUCUCCCCCCGCCUAACCUCCCCCCUUGGCUCGCCUGCUGCUCCAUCUCGCGUAAACCCCCUCAGUCCCAGCAGCAAGGCUGGCAAGACGGGUUGCAUGACCUCCCAUGCUGCUGCCAUGCCGGGCUAUGCAGCAGCACAUGGGGACGCUGAGGCAGGGAAGGAGAGGGGCGAUGGAGAGGAGGCGUGGGAUGGGUGGGGGGAAGGGAGUGAUGACCGCGGGGCAGGUGAAAUGGAUGACCCUCAGCUGGAGCUGUAUCGAAGGGAAGUGAGCCAUUUCAGGGAGCAGCAGGCAGAGUUGGCUCGGAUGAGGGAGCAGCUGUCAGACCAGGGGCUGCGGCAGCAUGUGAUGUCAGCAUGCCCCGGCGACAAGCUGGAAAAGCUGUUCACGGCGUAUGCCAACAAGGUGGGGGGGUUGCCAGUGGGCUCGUUCAAGUUUGUCUUUGAUGGCGAUGCGCUAAAGGGUGAUUCAACACCGGCUGACCUGGACCUAGAGGAUGAGGACCAGAUAGAAGCUGUGCGGAAAUAA